CUGAAUUAUCUCCCUUGGUCCUCCGGUCUUGAUCGAGAGAAAUGGCGGACUAUCCGCACAGGGGUGGGGGAGAUGCACCAGAGUAUAAAAUUAUCCGUGAAAUCUAUGAACAUGAAGAUGCCCAGGAGGAGUUUGAAUAUGAAUUAGACAGAGCUUUAGAAGCAGGUAUUCAGACUAUAAUUAUAGAACCAACAAGACUAGGAGAUGAAACUUCUAGAUGGAUAUCCGUUGGGAAUUUUUUACACAAAACUUCAGUGUUAGCAGGAUUAGGUUCACUUAUCUGUGGUGGGACAUGGCCUGAUCGAGGUUAUUUAUUUUUACCUCUGGGUGCCGUUAGUGUGAUUUGUGCUGCAGUGCAUACAAUUUCCUGGCAAACAGACCCUUGUUCUAAAUAUCAAGUAGAAGGAGAUAUAAAGAAAUUACCUAGAUUACCUUUACACAGUUUAACUACUUCAACACCAGUGGUAUUAGUCAAGAAAAAUGAUUUCAGAAGAAAAGUUUUGCACACUACAGUAUCAUUAGCAGCUGGUGCCUAUUGUGGCUCAAAAAUUCAUAAAUGGUAUUUUCAAUGAUUGGAUGAUUGUGAUAAUUGCUGAUGAGUGUUCGUGUGGCUUUACUGACAUUAUGUGUUGUAAUGCCAAAUUACGCAAGAAUAAUUUUGAAUGGUUAAUUUUUAAAAUUCAUUUUAGGAGUUGGUUUUUACCUAAACUGUCUUUUAUGUUUUAAUUGUGAUACAGAUUGCACUGAAUAUUUUUAACUAUCCUGUAUAUACAUUUUAUUUUCAUUAUAAAAGCAUGACUGUUCGUAAUUUUAUCAAGAUUUAUUGUGAAUUGCUAAGAAUUAAAGAUAUAAUAUAAUGACAA